AUGUGUGGCAUGGCUCAAAAAAAAGACCCGAGUUCUCCUCACCCAUUAAGCAAGCUACGAAGGAUCUUUCCAUUUGUUCCGUCAAGCAAAUCAUCAUCCCCACCUAUCUCAGACCAGAUGGCUUCAGGCGACGAAAAGCCCCGGGCGCCUCCCCCCAGGCCGUAUGAUUUGGUUGAAUCAUUCGACAGAGUGAUUGCAGCGAGGGACCAGCACAAGUCCACACCCAUCAAGCUGCUCCAACAAGACAUCGACACGCCCACGCCCCCGAACGCGAAGGAAUAUUUCCAGCAGCGUGAUGAGGUCAUAAGGCGCGAAAAGGCACUUGGGUUCGACCACCAUUGCACAAGCGAGGCAGAUAGUACGGAGAUGAAGGCAAAUGCGGUGAUCCAAAGACUGAAGGACCUAGAUGUCGCCGAGGUCUACGAAAAGGAGGCCAGAAUCGAGGGUUAUGCUGGUCAGAAACACAAGCGCGUCCCCGGGGAUCGUUUUCUAGUCAAUGCCCCAGUCAUUGAGAAAACGAAACUCUACCGGGCCAUUCAGAAGAUGCCCAAAGGCGCUCACCUUCACAUACACUUUAACGCCAACUUGCUCCCCGAAGUUUUACUCAACAUUGCGAAAGAGCAAGAUUACAUGUACAUCAUGAGCGACAUACCCCUGCUUGACAAGAAGGCCUUUGAGCGAUGCCACCUGAAGUUCAGCAUUCUCAGCGAUAGUACCUUCAAGACAACUUGGUUGGGGCAACCAGAUCUCUUCACACGAGAUAAAACGGAUGUCAAUGGAGCCAAGGAGGAGGAUGAGUCUGGCCAACCGAAACACAUCAUGCUUUUCAAGGAAUUCUGCAACGGGUUUGCCAAGAAGUACGAUGAGGCAUAUGCAAGCGAUGAGAAAUCUUGGCUGAAGAUUGCGUCUGGGAAAGAUCUUGUCGACGAAUACCUGACACGCAAAAUCGUGUUUCAGCCGGAUGAGGCUUACAAUCCACAUCAAACGGCCAAGGGUGCCUGGCAGAGGUUUAAUGCUCAUACACAGAUGAUGAAAGGGCUUUUCAAUUACGAGGCAGCUUACAAGGAGUACACGCAAAAGUGCUUGGAGGAGUUUGUGAACGACAACAUCCAAUACGCCGAGAUUCGCCCCAACUUCAUGGAAACCAACCAGGUUUGGCAUGACAAUGGCGAAGGCAGGAUUGACAACGAAGGAAUCAUGGACCUCAUUAUCGGUGUGUAUGAGAAGUUCCAGGAGACUCACAAGCACAGAAUCUUCAAGGGACUCAAGAUCAUCUAUUGCACACCACGGUCUUUCAACCCCAACCAGGUCAAAUUUGCCCUGGACCAGUGCUUAAAGAUGAAGCAGAAUGACAAGUAUGCGAAAUAUAUCGCCGGAUUCGAUCUUGUUGGCGAGGAAGGAGCAGGUCAUCCACUCAGUCACUUUAUUGAACAGUUUCUCGAGUUCAAGAACAAGUGUAGGGAUGCAAAGGUCGACAUUCCGUUUUUGUUCCAUUGCGGCGAGACUCUGGAUGUCGGCACGGAGACCGACGGCAACUUGGUGGACGCUCUUCUUUUAGGUUCAAAGCGUAUCGGCCAUGGCUUUGCGUUGGCUUGGCAUCCAUACGUCACGCAGCGAAUGAAGAAGCAAAACGUCUGUAUUGAGGUGUGUCCUAUCUCAAACGAGAUCUUGGGCCUUACCCCUAGGAUUAGUGGGCAUACGGUUUACAGCUUGUUGGCGAAUGAUGUGCACUGCACUAUCAGCACCGACAACGGGACUCUUUUCAGGUCUCGCUUAUCUCAUGACUUCUACCAGAUUAUGGUCGGGAAGGCAGAUAUGUCACUUUAUGGGCUACGCCAACUGAUCGAGUGGAGCAUUGACCACUCCUGUAUGGAUGACAAGGAGAAGGACCAAACCAGAAGAACAUGGGAGAAGCUGUGGAAGCAAUUCUGUGACCAGCUGGUGCGGGAAUAUCCGGACUUGGUGCUGAAAAGCUUGCACCAGAAGCUCUAGUCUCCAUGCCUUUGAAUUCCUGGCGGCGAGUCAUGACCGAUGUUACGAAGAGAUGGCCUACGAUACAUCCAUGAUUGGGAGGGAUUUCAGCGCUUUGUGGCGUUUACUUUUUUUUUCUUCAUUAUUUUCACUUGAGGGAUCCCCAAGGACGACGGGAUGGACGCUGAGGGGUGGCAGAUUUAGAAGGAAGGGAACUUGAAGGUUUGUGGGCGCAAUGAUUUUACAAGUCAAUCCAGAAGCGGUGAUUUUUAUUUUUUUUCUUCUUUUGAUUC